UGCCCUAGCCACUCAGAACAUUAGCUCUGUCACCACUGUCUUCUGACUACAGCACUCUACAGGGAGCCCUUGCUACACACAUCUGGACUUGCCUUUUUUUAAAAAAACCACCUCCAGCAAAGCCAAUCAACUUGAUCAACAGGUCUUGCCAAAAUGAAACUGUUCCUCCAGUCGGCCGUGCUGCUGUGUGUGCUGGUCACACUUGUGCGCUGCUCUAGGAGCCGAGCGGAGCCCAGUGCAGAGAGCAGGAAAAGGUUGAGCGUCUGGCUGCAGAGUUUGGUGAGAAGAGACGUUCACAGAAGAUUAAGUGUGAGGGAGGAAGACUCCGUCAACAACCUCGAGGAGAGCAGGAGCAACAAAGCCCUCAUUCCCCACCUCAGAAUUAAGAGGACGUUAAACUCCAUGAAGCCGCUGGGCUGUAACCUGGUCACCUGCGCCAUCCACGACCUGGCCCACCGUCUGCACGGCAUCAACAAGCAGAAGACCCAGUCGGCCCCCGAGCACAAGAUCGGGCCCGAUGGAUAUGGUCGCCGCCGGAGACGCUCGCUCGAGCAGCUGUUCUCCGCGCUCUCGUCCCACAGGAGCCGAGCGCAGCGGUCAGCAGCUCACAGCAGCAGCAGCAGGCGCUCAACAGCCUUCAGACGGACAUGAGGCAAUUGGGCAGAGCGAACACAGAGACAGAGAGAGAGAGAGAGAGAUUGAGAAAGAGAAAGAAAGAAAGAGGGGGACGUUUUUUUCUUUUUUCUCUGUCUUUCCUUUCUAUCUUUUUGUUGUUGUUGGUGUAGAACCAAAGCUAGCCUCCUCACCUUGGUGACAUGCUACUGAUGCCUCCUGAACUUGAGGGGUGUUUUUCUCUCGCCUAGAAUGGGGGAAUGAGGGGAGGCCCAUGCACACACUCUGGCUUGGCUUUCCGAACUGUGCUGGGGAGCCAAUCUCUUUGUCUUUUGCCAUCACCACCUGGGAGUCAGACAGACGAUCUAGACGCCCCCCCCGCCCCAGUCCUGGGGUGCAGAGGGGAGUAAAGGGGAGGAGAGGAAAGAAAGAGAGAGAGAGAGAGAGAGAAUGAGAGAGAGAAGUGCUCAGCUCAUGAAUGUGACACAGAAUGCAGGUGUACUGUGUGUGUGUGUGUGUGUGUGUGUGUGUGUGUGUGUGUGUGUGUGUCUUACCUCUGAGACUCUCAAGUCUAGGAGCUGACCAGCCUCUCUGUCUCUCCUCCCUCAGCUCCACCUGGGCUCCCACGGGCCCCUCGCAUGGACUCUGUGAGGGGGAGGGAGGGGGGGGCGACCAUGUCGGACUUUACCAGCACUUUGCCACAUGUGGUGAUGAUGAAGGUGCAGGAGCGAACUGACACAGAAGGCACUCCAGGGGAUCACGGAUGAAGAUGAGGAAGAGGAAGAGAGGGAGCGGAGCCGUGCGGACGGAUCAUGAUCAGAGACUGCUUUCACUCACACGCCACGUUCAGGCAGAUUUACCUGUGGACAGGAGGAGGAGGAUGCCAAAGGAGGACUCUCUUUACAGACGCGGGACAAAUACACAAACUCAUGAAGCUCACUCGUGUCUGAAUACUGUAACGUCCACUUAAAGGCUGCUGCCAUAUUAUACUUGAAUUGAAACUUGUAUAUUAAAGGGAAAUGUGCAAUAGCUGUAUAAUAAUGUAUGAAUGUUCUUUCUGUUGUAUAUUAAGGUCUAAAUAUAUUUUAUAUAUAUAUAUAUAAUUUACCAUAUAUUUAUACACAUUUAAUUGUAAUUGUAAAAGUAACUAUUUUUUUAUACUGAAAAUAUACAUUGUACCCUACCUUAACAAUCCAAUUUUGAAUGUUGAAUGUUUAAUCUAUGCUAACAUUAGAACCACUGUUGCUAAAUGCAUAUCCUUUUUUACAGUCCAAGUAACAAAAAUCAAUCAUUAAACUUUUGCAAACAGGA